AUGGUUCGUGAACGCCGCUUAGAGGUUUUUCUGGAGCCUUUAUACGAACGUCGCCCGGUGGCCGUCACCGAUGAUGAGUCAUCCAUCAUCGUCGCACAUAUAAGAAAACCCAUAGGGGUCGUACCAGGGGGGCGUAUGGUUUUAUAUUUAACACGAAUAUCAAACAAAAUGAAGUUCUUUGGUUUUAUUGUCAUCUACGUUCUCUCAGCAUCGUUGUCUUCCGUCUUGUCGAGAAGUACUCGCAUUAUUGGUGGUACCAAUGCAAGAGCUGGAGAAUUUCCUUUCGCUGCCGCUGUUCAUAUUCACACUAGCGAUGGACAAUAUUUAUGUGGAGGUGCUCUUGUGAACAAUCAAUGGGUUUUGACUGCAGCGCAAUGCUGUGAGGAUGCUCUUAGAUUUACCAUUGUCCUAGGAAUAAAUAAUCUACAAGAUAAUGGUCCCAAUCGGCUUACUGUUGCUGCUGAAGAAUACAUCCUAGCUCCAGAAUAUGAUGCCUUCACCCUGCAGCACGAUAUCGGCCUUAUCAAGCUUCGAAUGCCCAUUGAAUACACAAAUUAUAUCCAACCUAUUUUGUUACCAACAGCACCAGUAAAUGACUACACGGCUGUUGUAGCUAUUGGGUGGGGUCAGACCUCUGAUGACGAAGCUGCUACCGUUAGUGAUCUAAACAGAGUUACUAUCACUACCUUAAGUAACGAAGAAUGUCGACUUACUUAUGGGGCAGCAAUUAUAGACGAUAUGGUUUGUGCUGAAGGAAAUUAUAAUCAAGGAACUUGCAACGGAGACAGUGGUAGUCCUUUGAUCCAAUAUGCUCUCAAUCAAAAAGCCACAGUCGUCGCAGUUGCAAGUUUCGUCAGUGGAAAUGGCUGCGAAAGCACUGAUCCUUCUGGUUUUACGAGAACUUAUCCCUAUGUAGAUUGGAUAAAAAGCGUAACAAGUAUUUUGUAA